UAAUUAUAUAUAAUUUUUUCUUGCAAGGAUAAUUAGUGUGACGGAGAAGAUGGAGAAUUGGAAGGUUUUGAGCGGGGAUCAGGAUUGGGAAGGCCUACUUGAGCCAUUGGAUUACGAUCUCCGUCGUUAUCUAAUUCACUAUGGAGAAAUGGCUGAGGCGACUUACGACACAUUCAAUAACAACAAGACAUCAAAAUAUGCGGGAUUCAGUCGUUACUCUAAAGACGAACUUUUCUCCAAAGUUGGCCUAGGCAAAGGAAAGGCCGAGAAGAAGUAUACCGUGACGAAAUUCCUGUACGCGACGUCCUCUAGUUUGGUUCCAGAUGGGUUCCUCUUAAAAUCCUUAUCAAGAGAGGACAAGAAUAUUGAGUCGAAUUGGAUAGGUUUUGUGGCGGUGGCCACCGACGAAGGGGUGCGUGAAAUGGGAAGGAGGGAUAUUGUGGUCGCAUGGAGAGGAACUAUAGAGUCAAUGGAAUGGGUAAAUGACAUUCAACUUGGCUUAGUUGAGGCAACUAAAAUAUUUGGAACGGGAGAUGACCACGAGGAGAAAGACGUCCCCAAGGUUCAUCAAGGGUUUUACUCUUUGUACACUUCAGUUGAUCCUGGAUCAAUAUAUAACAAGACCAGUGCAAGGGAUCAGGUCCUCGAAGAGAUCAAGAAACUAGUGAAUACCUAUGAAAAUGAGGAACUAAGUAUUACCGUGACAGGCCAUAGUCUUGGAGCAGCGAUCACAACUCUAAAUGCGAUAGACAUAGCGAGGAAUGUUGCUGGAAACUACCUAGUCACUGCUUUCCCUUUUGCUUGCCCGCGUGUGGGAAACUCCAAGCUAAGGACAACGGCAUCCGGCCUACAUAACCUUCGCGUUCUUCGUAUCGAGAACAUUCCAGACGUUGUUCCAGACCACCCAAUAAACAUUGUGGGCUAUGAUGUUGUGGGGAAUGUUUUAAAAGUGGAUAGCGAAAAAUCUCCUUACUUGAAAAAUGGGAAACCGGGGAUCAUGUCUUUCCUGACGAGGGCUCACAACUUGGAGGUGUAUAUGCAUAUGGUGGCCGGAACUCAAGGAAGUAAGGCGUCAGAGUUCAAGUUGGUGAUCGAGAGGGAUAUUGCUCUAGUGAACAAAGGGUUGGAUGGGCUUAAGGAAGAGUAUAGUGUGCCAACUUCAUGGUGGGUGCAAGCUAACCAGGGCAUGGUUCAACUUCCUAAUGGUUCGUGGCAGUUAAUGGAUGUUGGGUAUUAA